AUGGCUGGGCAGGCUAACCCAACUACAAAUACUCCUAGGCCACUGCACCAACAUGCAAAUCUUAGUUCAACCGAAUCAACGGAACAGAGCAUAGAAAAGCAUGGUUUAUUUAAACUCGCUGAGGGGAAGCCUGACCCGUCGGGAUCCAGCAACUACCCGGUCGACAUCAUUGCCGUCCAUGGUCUUAAUGGAGAUGCCUUCUCGACCUGGCGCCACCAUCAAGAUGGCACCCUAUGGCUACGGGACCUCCUCCCCAAAUUCCUCCCCGGAUGCCGCGUCUACACUUACGGCUAUCCCUCUAAGAUAUUUUCACAGUCAUCAGCCCGGGUUGAGGAAUACGCACGGGACCUGCUAAUCUCCUUAAGAGAUAACCGCGAGGACUCAACCGGCAAACGUUCCAUUAUAUUCGUAUGCCACAGCCUUGGUGGCAUCGUUUUCAAACAGGCGCUCGUCAUUGCCCACCAAGAUGACAAUCUCUAUGGAGAUGUGCUCAAAUCGGUCAUUGGUGUGGCUUUUCUGGCGACUCCCCAUAGAGGUAGCUCUGUCGCAAGUCUCGGCAGUGUUUUUGGGACGAUUAUAAACGCUUUUAUGGGACCCCGAGCAGUUAGAACUGAUCUACUCAACCAUCUAAUAUACGACUCGGAUGCGCUUCAAAAACUCAGUACGUCAGCUCGCAACCUGUUGGGCAAUAUCUCCGUGGUUUCGUGUUAUGAGAACAACCCAGCAGCUCCAUUGUCCACCUUGGUCGUUAAUCACGCUUCUGCUACGCUAGGCAUUCCGAACGAGGAAUUGAUUCCCAUGUUCGAAGACCACAGAAGCAUUUGCCGUUUUCCUGGAGAGACGGAAAGCUACAAGAAACUAGCCAAAGCUCUUCGGAGAAUAGCCUCCCAGGCAGCCGCUACGAGUCCGCCAUUAAAGCGUGCUAGUACCCACUCGUCUACUGCUGUCCUCAGCGACUUGGAAAGAACAUGUAUGACUCUGCUCAAUGACCAUGAUGCGGCAAAGGGCAUGGAACUCCCUUCAAAGCCGGUGUCGGGCACGUGCCAAUGGAUUCACAGUCACCAUUUGUUCAUCUCCUGGCUUGAAAAAGGCAGCAAUGCUCUCCUUUGGUUGACCGGCCACCCGGGGUCUGGUAAAACAAUGCUAUCGUACUCUUUGGUUCAACACCUCAACGAUGUCCGGGCCCAAUCUGGGAAUGUCCUCAUAUACUUGUGCCAGAGCAAGAACAAACAGACAGAUGGAAGGGAGGUUCUAAUCGGCUUGAUACUCCAGAUGAUUGAUCGUCAUCGUUCAAUGAUUCGAUACGUUCGUUCGGUCUUCGAGAAGCAAGGCGCAAGCAUGAUUCAGUCAUUUUAUUUGCUUUGGCGUAUAUUUUUCAGGAUUGUAACAGACCCCAAAGCUGGCUUCACCUACAUCAUCCUGGAUGCACUAGACGAGUGUGAAAAAGCUUCUUGCCACCAGCUGCUCGAGUCCAUAUCCGAUAUGGUGACUAAUUCUUCCUGGCCUAAGGGAAGUGGCACCACAGUCAAGUUCCUGUUGACGAGUCGCCCUUUCCUUCGCCAGUCCUUUGUUAGCACCGAGGAGGCUCUAAAGCCGCAAAUAUCUAUCGACGAUAGCCAAACUGGCUACGCUAAUGACCUCCAAAUAUUCAUCCAACAACGAGUGAAUGAAAUCUCUUAUAGCAGGCAGUAUUCGAGUGAUAUGAGAGACUUCUUGUAUCAGACGAUAACUGCUAAAGCCGAUCGAACGUUUCUAUGGGUUAACGUUGUGCUAACAUCUAUUGAGAGAAACCUGCUCAGUUCAAGGAAGGAUUUCCAAAAGAUCAUCGCCAGCAUUCCGGAAGGACUCAUGGAAACAUAUCGGCGCUAUUUGGCCGCUGUCCCUUCCGAUCACCAAGACGAUGCGUCGCAGCUGCUAAAACUGCUGUUAGGAAGUUCGAGAUCUUUGCAUUUGACUGAACUCAAUAUCGCAUUCACUAUCGACGCUUCGCAUAGCACUGCCGAAGAGGUUAUGCAAGAUACGCAAAAUUCCAUCGCCCAUACCGUCCAUGGGAUUCUCGGCCCCUUGAUAAGAAUCAUAGAUGGUCACGUCUCUCUAGUUCACCAGUCAGUAAAGGACUUUCUCCUAGAGCAAGUCACCGCAGAGUAUGACAGCUUCCCUGCUAUGCGCUUGGUGAAUUCACAGAGCUCCGCUCUACAAUUGGCCACUGCUUGCAUUAAAUAUCUGCUUCUUGAUGAUUUUAAGGUUGACUGCUUUUCCGCAAAUGGCUCGCCUACCAGUCCCAGUCUAGAAAUAUCAGACUUUCUUGACAAUUUACCACUUAGCGAUUAUAGUGGCGAUUAUUGGGAUAGCGAAGACCCCAAUCUCGCUUCGGAUGUGCUUUUUCGCGAACCAGAUGAGCUUCAUCCAGAUAUUUGCGAUUUACUCGUUUCAAACUAUGCCUUUUACAACUAUGCAUCGCUUCAUUGGGCAGAACAUUUCGCGAUCUGUGAGCAAGUUGCAUCGGACCAUCUCAGAACUGCGGCUGUGUCGCUCCUGGAUAUUGAUACUGCAAGCUGCCGCAACUGGUUACAUUUUUAUCGCACUCGUGCCGUUACUUCGAUAAAUGACAGUCCUGUAGACCAAGAUCCUAUUAUUUUAGCAUCACAAUUCAAUUUGCUUGUUCUCCUGAACGAUCUGCUUGGUAGCUGCGAACCUUCUCAGGCUACCAAAAGCCGAGGCCUUUAUUGGGCGUCCCGAUUUGGUUACGAUCGUAUCCUUACCUCUCUGCUUGAAGCGGGCGCUGAGCCUAAUUCGAGUGACCUAGAUGGUCAAACGGCACUCACGAUUGCAUCCGAGCACGGAAACUUGGCAUGUGUCGUCAAGCUAUUGGCUGACGAACGAACUAACUUGAAUAUGCCAGGACCAAGGGGGAGAAACGCACUAUCGCUUGCAUGUGGCGGUGGACACAAUGAUAUUGUCAACAAACUUCUGAGUAAGGGUUGCAGCGCUGAUGGUCCGGAUAACUCCGGGGCUACUCCUUUCUUUUGGGCCGUAGGAGGAGAACAUCACACAAUCAUGUCGACUCUAGCAAGGAUUGGCAGCGUGGAUAUCAAUCAUCGUGAUAAGGCAGGGCGCACGGCCAUUUCAUGGGCUGCUGGGGACGGAAUGGCUGAUACCCUAGCAAGACUGCUCAAGUUUCCAGGCAUCGAUGUCAACCUCGCAGAUAACAAGGGGAAAUCACCUCUCUCUUGGGCAGCGGGUAAUGGCUGCGUUGAUACGGUUGAGGUGCUCCUUAGAAGCAGAAAGGUGAAUAAGGCAAGCAGUGAUAAUGAUAAGAGAAAUGCAAUAUCGUGGGCUAGCGGUGGUGGACACCAUACUACCCUUGCCAAACUUCUCGAUGGAGGAUGCCCGGGUGUUGAUGCUGAAGAUAUUGAUGGAUGGACUCCAUUAGCCUGGGCUAUUCAGACGAACACGCCCGAGACUGUCCGGGCUCUUAUUAACACUGAUCUGGUCCAAAUUGACCGGCGUGAUGGUGGCGGACGGACUGCCUUGUCUUGGGCCGUCGACUACGGGCAUAAAGAAGUGGUAAAGGUGCUUCUGCAAGCAGGAGCUGAUCUAGAGGCUGAAAGCGACAAGCGGAGCACUCCAAUAUCUAUUGCCAAGCAGCUUGGCAGGGAUGAUCUGCUUAGUGUGCUUAUGAUGUAUGCAACAUCGCGACAAUAA